CGCCAUGAGGAGGCUGCAGUCCCUGAGGAAGAGCGCGCGCGUGUGUGGAUCAGGUCAUGUGGUCUCACAAGAUGGCGACUUCAGUGUUGGGAUGUGAGGAGUGAAUCAGAGCUACAGACCUGCAUCAAACACACAGCGCUCAUUACAGCUGCCGGUCAGGAUCUACAGCUCAUACCCGAUCAUCUCUCAUCAUACCGCACAUGCAUUUUCCAGUGCUCGGUGUUCAGUCGCUGCUGUUGGACUCGGUGGGAAUCAAAGUUUAGCUCGGCAACAGCUUGUAACAUCGCUUAUGCAGGAUUCCUACAUUGGACAAUUCAUCAAAACCCUCCGCCUUCAGAAUAUAAGUCAUAUAAUCAGCCUCAUUCCUUAUGGAAUAAUUGUGGAUGUGAAGAUAUAAGGCAAAUUGUGUGUGUGUUUAAACCUUUGUCCAUCUGGAUCACUGACUGCAAUGGCCAUCCAUGUGUUCGAUAAUGAUGAGUACAGACCUCCUGUGUGGAAAUCCUAUUUGUACCAGCUCCAGCAGGAGGCGCCGCAUCCACGCAGAGUCACGUGCACAUCUGAGGUGGAAAAUCGGCCCAAGUACUACGGACGAGAGUAUCAUGGGAUGAUCUCCAGAGAGGAAGCCGACCAACUGCUCAGUGUGGCUGAAGGAAGUUAUCUGAUCCGAGAGAGCCAGAGACAGCCAGGCACAUACACUUUAGCUCUACGCUUUGGGAAUCAGACCCGAAAUUUCCGUCUCUUUUACGAUGGGAAGCAUUUUGUGGGGGAGAAACGCUUUGAGUCGAUCCACGACCUGGUGACGGACGGUCUGAUCACGCUGUAUAUUGAGACCAAAGCAGCCGAAUACAUAUCUAAAAUGACCAUCAACCCCAUCUACGAGCAUGUGGGCUACACCACCCUGAACCGUGAGCCAGCGCUGAAGAAAGCGCUGCCUGUCUGCAGAGAACUUCCUGAUGGUAAAGAGACACCCGGAGAAGAGACCGGCCUGGAGGAGAGGCUCACGUCGCUGGUCCGUCGAGCCACGCUGAAGGAGAGCGAACGGGCGCCCAAGUAUGAGAAAGUCCACAACUUCAAGGUGCACACCUUCAGAGGGCCACACUGGUGUGAGUACUGUGCCAACUUCAUGUGGGGACUCAUCGCUCAGGGAGUCAAAUGUGCAGAUUGUGGCUUGAAUGUUCAUAAGCAGUGCUCUAAGAUGGUGCCCAACGACUGCAAACCGGACCUGAAGCACGUGAAGAAGGUUUACAGCUGUGACCUCACCACACUCGUCAAAGCUCACAACGCAAAACGACCCAUGGUGGUGGACAUGUGCAUACGAGAGAUCGAAUCAAGAGGUUUGAAGUCAGAGGGUCUCUAUCGAAUCUCUGGAUUCAGUGACUUAAUCGAAGAUGUGAAGUUAUCGUUCGACAGAGAUGGAGAGAAAGCAGACAUCUCCGUGAACGUCUAUGAAGACAUCAACGUCAUCACAGGUGCUCUUAAACUCUACUUCAGGGACCUGCCUAUCCCCGUCAUCACGUAUGACGCAUAUCCACGCUUCAUCGAGGCUGCCAAGGUGACAGACCCUGAUGAGCGUCUGGAAGCUCUACAUGAAGCUCUGAAGCUGCUGCCUCCUGCUCACUGCGAAACACUGCGCUAUCUAAUGGCACAUUUAAAAAGGGUAACUCAGAACGAGAAGGAUAACCUGAUGAACGCUGAGAAUCUCGGGAUCGUGUUUGGCCCAACUUUGAUGCGGGCACCCGAUCUGGACGCCAUGACAGCUCUGAACGACAUCCGCUACCAGAGACAGGUGGUGGAGUUACUCAUCAAGAAUGAAGACAUCCUCUUUUAGCAUCACUGUCAUUCCGCCGUUGCGUGAAUGAACCCCGAUACUGUUUACCGCCGCUCAGAGCUGCGCUCUUGUUUUUUGUCUGGACUUGAAUAUGAAGGACUCUUGUAUUAUAGUAUUUUUUGGAGCAGUACUUACCCUUUUUCCCCUCUCUGAUGGGUUAUGCUCCUAUAUCUUGCAUGUCUUCCUCCCCAUUUUUGUCGGGGGUCGCUGAAGCUGAAGUGUGGAGCUCAGCACAGUGGGCGGGGCUUACUUCAGCAUUAUUAUGGGAUGGUCGUCUGCCGCUUAAGUCCGACAGAUCGUGCUUCUGUUCCAAAUGGCCGUUUUUGUUUUGUUUUUGUAAAACAUUGUGAAUUUGAUAUUGUCAGUUUUGGAGACGCUUUAUCUGAAGAGCCGUAAAUAAAGAUGGUGACAUUGUGCAGACAUGAUAAUCUCUUCAUAUGAUACAUAAACUCUUUAGACAAUCCUCAGUCAUCAUUCAUACUGCUCAUUCAGCUCGACUAUGAGAGGUUUGUUAUUCACGUAUGUGUACGUUAUGAACGUUUAUCUUCUGUGACACGUUUUUGGCUCUGCAGGUAAAGCGUCACCAGUGAUUUUUUUCAAAAUCUGUGAUUUGUUUUUUAUUUUUUUGGUUGUUUUUUAUUCCUUCUGUCAGGUUGAUCUGACUCUGUUCUGCCUUCACAUGCCAGACCUCUACAUGAGAGUCGAAUGAAUUACUUCUACUGUAGACACACAUUCAGGAGGAAUAUUUACAGUCCAUGUACAUUUCACAAUCCUUGAUCUAGACUUGACUUUAGAAAACCUUCUUACACUCUCAACAUGACUGGUUGAUGUUUUUGGUUCUGUGAUUUUGUAUUUGAUUUGAGCAUGAAUACGUUAAUUUAUUAAAAUGUACUUUUAG